CUUACAAAGAGAGUUUAGUCCUUGUUUACCACAGAAGUGGCAGGCUGAUUUUAAAGAAGAGCGGACACAUGAUCGCAAAUGAACAGGAUUUACCACUUGCUUUUCGUUUUGUUUAUCUGCGAGAUAACUGAGGCAAGAGUGAAGCAGCCACUGGGAUGUUUUACGUGCACGUCUCUGAACGGCAGCAACCCCAGCUGCGAGGAUCCCUUUAGUCCCGCGGCAGGGACGUACGACCCCGACUGUCAGCAGGGCGUCGAAAAUCGUGUGGGAGUGUUCCCCGCAAAAUACUGCACCAAGAUAAAGGGCAAAUAUAAGAACUCGAACCUGACGAUGUUGGUUCGGUCGUGCGGCAUGUCGGCCAUGCUCAACACAUGUGGACCGUUCGAGUUCAAGGGCAAGAUCUACAACGGCUGCCUUAUGUCCUGCCGAGGCACCGGCUGCAACCAAGCAAACGUCAUCACGGCUGUGACAUCACCACUACUCUUCCUAUUGUGCUGCCUAUCACUCUGCCUCAGAACGCUUGCAUACUAAACUUUCAUCGACAACGUUUAUUUAAUCAACUCACUGGAGACGGAACUGACAAGAUGACUGGCCGUGCCUAAUUUAACAUUAAUUAAUACCCCAUCACCAUUUUCUCUUGUAGAUACCGAUGACAAAUGUACAGAUAGGGCCUGUGUUUUUUUUCCUGCUUUUUAAUUGAUUGAUCUUAGGUGUGAAUUCUGAACUUUCUACUAGUUGUAUUUCAUGACAUUGAUACAAAUGGUUUCUGGAUUAAAGGACAUUGAUGGAGUCUUUUUACACCAAAUUCAUGAUAUCUGUACACUAAACAACAGCAUUUUUCUCUGUCUAUUUCUUCUCCCCCCCCCCCCCCCCCCUUCUUUCUUUCUUUCUUUCUUGUUUGUGUGUCAGUAUUGUUGUAAGGGUUUUGAAAAACGUCUUUUUUUGGCUUCUACUUUCACACCACCCACAAAACAAAUGAUUACUAGUAUGUGAAAUAUAUUUCACUAAAUUUAUUUUUGUAUGAUACAAAUAUAAGCAAUAUUGGUUGAAUGAUAAUACUGGUUUAAGCAUAUCUAGGCAUAGGCCAAACUGCCCAUCCAUUCCUAAACAUGUAACGGAAUACUGUCUGAUUCAGUAAUGCACAUUGGGAAACACCGAUUGUAAUCCACUGAACUCGUUUAUUUUUUAUCAUUUAAAACAUUAAUGUAUAACUUGUUUAAAUCACUGUUGUGAGGAAUCUGGAAUACAUUAUAUUCGAUUAUGUAUGUCACAGAGUAGAAGCUCCUGUCGAUUGCCACUCAACUUUAAAAUGUUUUAACAAUGUCUUGUUCGGAUACUUCGAGGAAAUUAAAAAUAUGUGACUGAUUCCGUUUUAUUUGUGUUAAUAUUUUAUUUUUAAAAUUAUUUUUAUUUUUUCUAAAAACUAAUAUUAUUAUGCCAACACUUGAAAUACAUUCAUGGCAUAAUCCGAGUAGGCUGUAGUCUAUUGCAGGAACUAGCUAUUGACGAAUUUUGAUUUACGAGAAUUUAGUGGAGUAGUUACUGACGAAAGAAUAGAAGAUUAAUUUUAGUUUACUAGACGUCAUGUGUGUACAUAAUUUUAGUUUUAAUGUCACAUUUCUCCACAAUAUGUUGCUGAUUAGUUUUUAUUAGAUACAUUUCCACUUAUGACGAGUAUUUCGGCUGUACUUUGUUUUAAUGAUUUAUACUCAUUUGUUCUAUUGCUGUUUGUAGCUUUACGGUUUUAGUCCAACAUAGCACCAUAUUAGUAUGCAUGUGAGCCGUUUUUGUUAUUUGUUGUUGUUGUUGUUAUUAUUAUUAUUAUUAUUAUUAUUAUUAUUAUUAUUUUAGAUUUGUUUGUGUUCGUAGGGUUUGGGGAGAGUGGGGGUGGGGUGGGGUGUUCGUGGAAUUGUAUGUCAUUUACUAUAUGGAAUAUCUUUAAAUAUUAUUGUCAGUGUUGUUUAAAUUUUCUUAUUUUAUAAUUACAUUUAUUUUGUUAUUACAUUUAUUAUUAAACCAGUCGGUUAAAAUCUAUAAAACCUUUUUUGUUUCCUUUUUUUUGACACUGAGCACCGACUUUAAAUAAAAGAUUAUUUUGA